AUUAUUUCCGGUUCAGUUGUCGUCGUCUCAGACUACUCUUUGCUCAAUUCCCAAACCCCUCUCGAUAAAAAAAAAGCCGAAGUUCACUCGCUUUUCUAUAACUCGGCCUCGCCAUUCAACACUGCCAUUACCACUGCCACCGCCAUUUCCACCGUUGCCACCUCAAUCACCACCACUGCCACCGCAAUCUCCACCGCCUACGACGCUUUACUUCUGACCAUUUGUUCUCUCCUCAAUCUUGAAUACGACGCUUUAAAAUUCAUCGUCAUGAGUUAUUUUCAUUGAUUAUCUUCACUCGCUAUUUCCUUGUUUGAUGCUCAGAAGUCAGAACAUCGAAUUCUAUCUCGAUUAUCCUCAGGAUCACCAUUUCUCAGAGGGGACGAAAUUGUUGGCCUGUAAGUUUUUUGAGGCAGCCUGGAUUGAUGUGAGGAAGCGAACAAAUGACUGCCCGGGCAUGAGGCUUUGGUCAAGGGUCGAAAGAAAAGCACCAUUUUUUUUUUCUGAAAAUGAAGAGCCAGAAAAUAUCUUGCUUAAAAUGCCACAAACGGGGUGAUACCUUGGUUUGCAACAAUUGGGACUGUCCAAUCGCUGUUCAUGAGAGCUGCAUGUCCUUUGCUGCUCGCUUUGAUGACACAGGGAGCUUCUACUGCCCAUAUUGUUUAUAUAAAAAAUCACUUGUUGAAUGUAACCAAGCAAAGGCAAAUGCAUUGUUGGCCAACAGGGCUCUUGUCAGUUUUAUGGAUAUGAGGACUAAGAAUGACGCUGGCCAUUUUAAAAGUUUGAAGAGGAAAGAACCAGAUGUACCAACAAAUAUUAAGAAAAGGGAUGAUGCUAAGGUAGAUUUUAAUGGACUUCAUCAACCUAUGCAGGUUGAAGGUGGUCACCACGAUGAUAGCCACUUGCGUGACACAGUUUUUGGUAAUCAACAGCAAGCAGGGCCAAGAAGAGGUCACUGUUUGAGUAAGGGGUCUGCUGCCAAAGAUGAUGGAAAUUUGACCAAAUAUUGUCAUGUCUCUGUAAAAGAAGUCGAAAAAUACAAGUGUGGGAGGCUAGAAGAGGUACAGACACAAGCCUGCUUGACAAAAGCGGACAGCACAAUAGAGAAUCAUGAAAAAUCAAGCAACAAAAGUGAUAGAAUGUUGUGUGAUGAUCAUUUUAUGAAAAUGAAAAUAAAGAAGAAAUUAGAAAAUGCUGGACCGCCUCAUGAAAUUGGAGACUGUCGAAUCGAAGAUGAAGAGAAACUACUGGUCAAAUUAGCAAACAGUGCUGUCUGUUCUACAAGGGAGGAUACUGUUUUUCUGGCACAAAAGUCAAGAAAUUUAACUAAUGAGCUUGAGGAAACUACAAAGACAGUGGAAGGAUGUUUUAAUUCAGGGGAAGAAAGGGAGCAGACUCAGACAGAGUUUCAAGAAACCCCUCGAUGUUUGGCAAUAACAAAUACAUUAGAGAUAACUGAGAAUUUAUUCAUGGGAACUGAUUGUUCAUUCCAAGAUGACUGUUCUGUAAGAACUCGAGUAGUUGAGAAUUUCGACCGACCUGAAGAAACUGUAGAAGAUUUAAUUGGAAGGACAGAUAAAGGAGAAAGGAAGGUAAAUGAUGCUGUCCAUUCUACAAGGAAUGACAGUCAAUCAUUACCUCAAGGAGGAUUAGGAAAUUCGACUAUAAAUCAUCUAAAAAUCAAACAGACAAUGGAAAGAUAUGAUGAUAGAUUGGUGGAAAAAGUCCAGACACAGAAAGAGCCUGAAGAAACCUCUGUCUGCUGUAUAAAAGAGGACAGUUCUGUUGUGAUAAAGGGAAAAUGUGAUGGGAUAAAUGACAGUGCAUAUCAAGAUGGUUACUCUGUUGUAAGACAAAUGAUGGUAAAUUCAGGGAACCCAAAUCAAUAUGUUGGAGUUGGAAAAUAUCAGCGUCGAAGGACUGAUGAGGGGCAAACAAACUUCAAAUCACCAAUUAAGCCGUCCUAUUCUACAAAGAAGGGUAAUGAGCCAGUAAAACCUGAAAAAUCAGGAAGUCCAAUCAAAGAGAAUAAGGAAACUUCAAAGCCAGUGGAGCAACAUUACAAUGGACAAGUAGAAAAAGAGCAGACACAGGAAGAGUCUCAAGAGGGUUGUGUUUGCUUGACAAAGGAAGAUAUAGCAGCAAUAACUGAGGAAUUGGAGGAGGUAAAGGAUAGUGUAUUGGAGGAUAAAAUGGUUAAGAAUUCAGAGAACGCUGAUCAAACUGCUGAAAUUGGAAAAGAUUGCUAUGGAAGUGCAGGUGGAAUAAAAACCCAGCGAAAAGCACUACAAGAUGUCCAUCGUCCAAGUGAAAACAAUGCAGAAGUGAAACAUGAAUUAGGGAAUUUGACAAGGAAACAUUUGGUAACUAAAAAGACAUUCAAAGGAUAUCAUGGUGCAGUGGCAGAAAUAAAGCAGACACCGACCAACCUACGAAGCUCCAGGGAUGAUGACAUAAAGGUGAUGGUUGAAGAAUCUGAUACAGAAAAUUAUACUUCAUCUCAUUGUGGAAGGACAGAAGAAGGGAAAACAAGGAACGAAAAGGUACCUGUGUCAUGUGAAGAAUUUAGCUCUGCCGAUGAGUCAUCUAAUACUAAUUACUUGGGGCAUGGAAAUCAUGCCGCUCGGAAAAAGAAAAUGAAAACGAACUUGAAGAACAAUGUGCAUGGGAAUUUUUCUGAAAAUUCUGAUAAUGAAGUUAAAGAACAUGAGCUUCCUACGCAUGGUGAAUCCAGAUACAAAGUGGAAUCCAUAAAACAAAUCCAGAGGUCAACUGUUUUGCUUGCUGAGAGACGUAGGAAACUACCAUGGACAGCACAAGAAGAAGAAAUGCUAAAGGAAGGCGUGCAGAAGUUUUCAUUAACGGCUAACAAGAAUACCCCGUGGAUUAAAAUAUUGGAAUUUGGACGUCAUAUUUUUGAUGGGACCCGCAUUCCAGCUGAUCUUAAGGACAAGUGGAGGAACAUAAAGAGUAAGGGAAAUGCAAAUUUUGGUGCCAACUAAUACAAGUAUUUUAUACAGCAGCGUGCCCACUUUUAAUAGGAGUCGGACUUUCAGGGUUACUUCACAAAAUUUUGUUAUAGAUACACAUGGUAAGUGACUAAAUGGACUUGAUUGGUCUUUUUCUUUAACUAUGAUUGAGAUGGAUAUAAUCUGUAUUGCACUCGGGAAUGCUGGAAUCUAUAAAUGUUAUAUUUGUUGAUAACUCUUCAUUA